GACCAACAGGUGGCGACAGAUGCACACGCGAACUCGGCUCGCAUGAACUUUGUUUUGAUUGAGAACAAAAGUAUCAGACACACAAAGGCGAGCUGUAAGAGUUCAUGAGAGAUGAAGAACUGAGGACGCGCGUAUCAUGCAUGACAGAUCGAACUCUGGAGUUUGGUCGUGCAGAUUUCUUCAUCGCAUCAUGAGACUGUGAGCUCGGUGUGGAAUCAGUCAUGGCAGAAACUGACAUUGACAAAUCUCACCUGCCAGGUGUACAUGACGUGUGCCAGUGUUUUUCUGUGUUGGAAGACGGGGCUUUAGCACAAAGUCUGCAGGAGCAGGAAAUCGAGCAGUUCUACAGCACCAACAUGCAGAAGAAUCAGGCCGUGCAGACCGAUGUCCGUCUGGCCCGGAGGCUGCAGGAGGAGGAGGAGGAACGUAGAGCAGAUCUCCAUCGAGAUCUUCGGGAGCGUGAGGAAGAGGAUUGCAGAUACGCUCGGAUGCUUCAAGAAGAGCUUCAGAGAUGUGCCGAGGAGGCCAGGAGACGAGAGAAAGAAGAUGAGGAAAUAGCUAAGCAGCUACAGGAUGAAGAAGAAAUGGAGAUGAAACGGCAGAGGGCUGCAGCUGGUUGCCAUGACGACAGCUGUGCCUCUCCUCUGUGUGAAGGGUUGGGAGUUUGGGAGCAGGUGCUUCAGGAUGCUGAACUGGCCCGUAGACUUCAGGAAGAAGAGGAUUUGCUGCCUCACAGAGAGUUUCCUCAGAGCUCUGGUUCAGAAGUGGACUUCAUUGCAGCACAAGUAGCCCAGGAUGAGGAGAUCGCCCACUACAUGCAGCGCCAUCAUAAGAGACUCAACAACAGACCACAAGAUCUAGAAAUCCAAGAGAGACCGAGUGAACCAAGAGAUGAAGACAACACUACAACCAGGAAGGCCCUUCAGAUGUUAAGAGAGAGAUUAAACUCAGACGGACUGCACUCGCCUGUGGAAGAAGACUAUACAAUUGAAACCCAUCUACCAAGCCCAUCAUGCACUGCACUCCAAUCGCAGCACAUACACAACAUCGCUGAAGAGCUGGACCCAACGUUUAAGGCGAGAAAGCGCGAGAGUCAGAUCUCCACCAACCCUCCGUCAGCAGGUGUGUGUCUGGCGCCUCGUAACCCGCACAGCAUCUUUUACGAUUACCUGCCAGAGCCCAACUUCAUACCGCCGACCAAACGGCAGAACGAUAAAGCGGGGCGACACAAAGCCAAAGACAAGAGAGAAAACUGCAAACAGCAGUGAUGGUGUAA